AUGGCUGGCGCCAGAUUCGGCCGCAAUUUCCCUCUGGAUCGCGUGCACCCGGAUGUCGACAACUUGAUGGUGCCCAACCCGAGGGAGAUCUCGCGCAAGCUGCUGGCAAGAACGGAGGGGCUGAUACGCGAGCCCAUCCUCAACGUGCUGGCCGGGGCGUGGAUCCAGUUCGAGACCCAUGACUGGUUCGCCCACGCCAACGAGGAGGAGAAGACCCUGGAGAUCCCGCUGCAAGAGGGGGACGAGUGGAAGGAUGAGGUCGGCGGGGAGAUGAAGGUGGAGAGGACUGCGCCGGACGCCACGAGGCCGGAGGGGGAUGACAGCGGCCCGCCGACGUACACCAAUCGGGUGACGCACUGGUGGGACGGCAGCCAGCUGUACGGGAGCGACCCGGCCAAGGUGGAGGCGCUGCGGUCACACGAGGACGGCAAGCUCAUCAUCGGCGAAGAUGGCCUGCUGCCCCUGGAACCGGAGCGCGGCAUCGACAUCGCCGGUUUCAACGACAACUGGUGGCUGGGCCUCAGCCUGCUGCACACCACCUUUGUCAAGGAGCACAAUUUCAUCUGCGACCAGCUGAAGGAGCAGCAUCCCGAUUGGGACGAUGACAAGCUGUACCAUCAGGCUCGCGUCAUCAACGCAGCGCUGAUGGCCAAGAUCCACACUGUGGAGUGGACGCCCGCCAUCCUGCCCAACAAGGUGGUGGAGCUGGGUAUGUAUGUAAACUGGUGGGGUCUGCUGGGCCGGCGUGUGAAGAACUUUCUGGCGGCGCUGCCCAUAGGAGACGAUGUGGGGCACAUUGGGGAUGGCACCGUUUUGAGUGGGAACAUUGGCGCAAAGCAGGACCAUGGCCCUGACAACGUUCCAUACUCCCUGACUGAAGAGUUUGUUUCUGUGUACCGCCUUCACCCACUGCUUCCCGAUGAGCUCACGUUCAGGAGUCAUGAGGAUGACAGCCCCGUUGUGACAAAGACCCUCCAUGAGGUUUCCUUCAAGGGCGCCCGGCAGAGCCUGCUGGACGCCGGCGUCCUGAACGCCAUCUACACCGCCGGCACGGAGACGCCCGGCCGCAUCGCCCUCCACAACUACCCGGACACCCUGCGCCGCCUCACCAACGAGAAGGGCGACGUGAUCGACCUGGCGGCCAUCGACAUCCUGCGCGACCGCGAGCGCGGCGUGCCGCGCUACAACGACUUCCGGGAACUCAUCCACAUGGGCCGCGUUUCAAGCUUCGAUGAAAUUACCGACAACCCAACCUGGGCUGCAGAGCUCGAAGAGGUCUACGGCGACGUGGACAAGGUUGAUCUCAUGACCGGUCUGUUCGCCGAGAAGAGGCCCGUGGACUUUGGUUUCGCGGAGACAGCCUUCCGGGUGUUCCUGCUGAUGGCCACCAGGCGGCUGCUCAGCGAUCCGUUCUUCACCGACCUGUACAACGCGGAGACGUACACGCAAUGGGGCCUGGACUUCAUCGAGGAGACGACGAUGAUCGACGUGCUCAAGCGCCACUUCCCGGAGCUGGAGCCGCACUUGGAGGGGCGGAAGAACGCCUUCGCGCCCUGGAACGCUUCUUUCAACAGGGGGAAGCACUGA